AUGCGGGGCACUUGCAACGACAGCGUGGGUUCCGGCGAGCAACCCAUGCAGUUGAUGGAACUCCGAGUCGGACAUUCGAGCAAUCUCAUCUCUCGAUCCUCUCACCAAAUUCUCCAACGGAGUCCCUCAACCCCAAUGGGCGAUGCUCUGUUCUCUUUUAUUCUGCGCGACCAGGAACAACCACCCUUCCUCGAAAACUCCUCCGUGCUUCGGUUUCUGUCUUCCUUCAGAAUCCCCAUCCCCGCCUGCAAUGUCAUCUAUGACCAGAUCUCCUCGUUUGCGCAACACAUGACCGCCGACGACUUCCAUCUCAACUUCCACAUGGUCGUGGAUGUGAAUGUCAGCGAAAUGACAUGGGUGGACCUGGACCCAUUCCUUGUUGAAGAACAUUCUCCGCCUGCGAUGAACGGGGCGCCGGCGUCGGCGAUUGAGAGGUUGCAGAGGCAGAAAUUUGAUGGGUUAAGGGAGGAAGAGGAGGAGGGGGAUUGCAGCGUGUGUUGCGAAGCGCUGAAGGGAGAAGAGGAGGUGAGCAGAAUCCCAUGUGGUCAUGUGUAUCACAAAUGCUGUAUCCUCAAGUGGCUUGAGAUGAGCAAUUCGUGUCCUCUCUGCAGAACCCAAUUGGAACAAUAA